UAAUUCAGUUCGAAGCUGUUGGUCUGUUAGGGGGGAGUGUGCGCGCCAGUACACUGCCAAAGUGUCCGGCAGAAUGGGCGCACCGCGCACGCUGCUCUGCCUCGCGCUACUGGCGGCCUGCGCCGGCGGCGGCGCCUCGCCGCAAAAUGUGCCCGUACGUGCCGAAAAACAAAUUGAACUUUUCGAUGGCCUCACCAUGCACUUACCGACACCCGAAACCACAAACAGGAUUGAGAAUGCAAUAGUCUCCUUUAAAAUGGACACUAAAAGAAGCAUACAGGAAGGUCGCGGAAAGCAGAAGAAGUUGAUGGAGCGCAUCUUGCCAAUGUUCAUCAUGCCAUUUAUCAUCCAGUCCACCAUCGUGCCCAUGUUUCUCAGCAUGCUCAAGUUCAUGCUCUUCAAGUCCAUGAUGGUCGGCAAGGUGGCCUUGGCCCUAAUCAUUUUCAAUGCGUUUAGAAACCACAACACCUUCAAAGGAAGAAAGGAGGAGCAAAUGGCAGAUGUCCACUACGGCUACCACGGGCAAAUGGAGGAAUACGGAGCUUAUAUAAAUUGAGGGUACCUACAUCAACAAAUUUGGGACUUUAAAGAAGCUAUUUUUCAGUUGAAAAAAGUCGGUGUGUGUAGAACGACCGCAACAUUCAACCACAGAGUACUAUUAAUUGUUGUUUUUAGUCAUGCAAUUUACUAUUUCAAUAGAAACAAUUGGUUGAAAAUGGUUUGCAAGUAAAAUACGUAUCUUGCAUACAAACAGAGCAGUUAGUUAAUGAAAGUAAUUAAUAAUUUUCUAAUCGGGAUGCUACGAGAAUUAUGUAGGUACUAAUGUGAAUGCUGUAGUUAUAUAAGUUUGACAUGAAACAAGGCCAAGAUCGACCUGUAUUGAAUGUAUUUUAAAAGGUUUACUCAGAAAACUGUCUAGAUACUUUAGAAGGUUUACUCAGAAAACUGUGUAGAUACUUUUCAUUAAAUACCUAUCUGUACUUUCAACAAAAGGAUGUGGACGAGUACAUAUAUAUGUUUGGUAUUUGUAUUGGCCAAUACAAAUACCAAAUAUUAUAAUGAAAAUUACAUAAAAUGAAUAGAGUAUUUUGUAACCUGACUAUUCGACACACUUGCUCGUAACGUAGAACUUAUUUCGCUGCUUAUUUUCUUUUUUAUUUCUAUUUCCUUUUUAGAAUCAUAACCCUAGUCAUUACACACGUGUUUUUUAACAAAAAAGGAUUCCAAAUAUCAUUCACCAUAUGUCACUACCACAAAUCUGACGAAUUCAACGAUACCUCUUAUGUCAAAAACCGUCGACCCGUUUGGGCUGUGGGGCGUGAAAAAGAAACAUACAUACGGUCCUUCUAACGCAGUUGGGUAAAAAGAGAUUUUUAUGUUACGGAAUAUAGAUUACAUUUUUAGGGUUCCGUAGUCAACUAGGAACCCUUAUAGUUUCGCCAUGUCCGUCUGUCUGUCUGUCUGUCUGUCUGUCCGAGGCUUUGCUCCGUGGUCGUUAGUGCUAGAAAGCUAAAAUUUGGCAUGGAUAUAUAAAUCAAUAAAGCCGACUAAGUCGUAUAAUAAAAUCUAAAAAUUUAAUUUUUUUUAGGGUACCUCCCCUACACGUAAAGUGGGGGUAAAAUUUUUUUUUCGCUUCAACCGAGUGUGGGAUAUUAUUCAAAACUACUAGGGGUUUGCAAGAAACAUUUUUUGAUAAGGUGAAUAUAUUCGGAGAUAAUCGCUCCGAAAGAAAAAAAAAUGUGUCCCCCCCCUCUAACUUUUGAACCAUAGGUCCAAAAAAUAUGAAAAAAAAUCGUGGAAGUAGAGCUUAAGAAAGACAUUAAAUGAAAACUAUAGCGGAUAUGAUCAGUUUAGCUGUUUUUGAGUUAUCGCAAAAAGUUUUCCCUUCAUAGUAAAAAGACUUACUUUAAUUAGGUACUGAUUAUGCAAAUUUGCCUAUUUGUUUAACUCGGGUGAAAGGUACCGUUUCAUCCCUUGGUUAACAAUUUACUAUACUUUAAGCUCCAGUUUAGCUUAUUGUGACGGAAGAGUAACUACGGAACCCUACACUGAGCGUGGCCCGACAUGCUCUUGUCCGGUUAUUUUAUCUUAUUUGACUCUUAGGACACUUCAACCUCCAAGAUUGGAAUCGAAGUUCUGUUUCGGUUCACAAUAGAUCCCAAGUAAAUGCGAUUACUGUACAAGUGCGAUAAUAUAAUAAUACUAUCGCACUUGUACACAGCCAGCGGCAGGGUAGGGCGCCGGCAGGCAGUAUGAUAGAUGCAAGUGAUGCAACACUGCAGUGCAUACUUUUUAACAAUUAAAAUUGUAUUUAUAUGAAAUUUUAUUUAUUUUCCUCCCAAGUGUGUGGUAAAACGUCGUAUGAAACGCGUAUGCAUUGGUCAUUACACACGAGGUGUAUUGUACUAUUGUAUCACGAUGUAUUUUUAUCGAGGCAGUGGUGGCGUACGGGGGAGAGGGAUAGCAGAGACAAGAAAUUUACAACUUUCGAUGAUGUAAGAUAAUAAAUUUGUAACUAAAUAGAGUCACGUAUGCAUAUUUAGCAUUUGGUUUGCUCAAAGAAAACCGCCUCGGGUGCCAACAUACGCUACGCCGCCAUGAUUAUCGACAUUUAUGUAAAGGCUUUAAUUAACUAUGUCAUUAUCUCAUUAAUUAUGUAAAUAACGUAUUUUCUUUGUAAGUAUUUCUAAGUAUUUAUUAAUAGCUUAAUAUAGAUCGUUUCUCAGAGCAUGUACCUACUGUAGCAGUCGUUAGCCAGUAUAGCUAUAACUUUCUAAAAAUAAAGAAACACAUUAGACCCCAGAAA